GCGGAGGAGAAAAGAGAGGAGAGUUGAGUGAGAGUGUGUGAGUGGGAGAGAGAGAGCGAGAGAGAGAGAGAGGGAGGGAGAGAGAGAUAGGCAGAGAGCAGGAUAGAGAGAGGGGAGGAGAGCUCCGUCUCUCCCGGUGCACUUGGCAGUCUAGUUGCGGGCUGCUGUGCUGUUGCUGUCGUGGCGUGGCUGGUCGCGCCAGGCGGGGAACUUCACCACACUGGAGCCCGGAGUCCCACUCUCUCACCUGCGCAGUUCGGAGCUGCCAUGGGUCUCUCGCCUGGAAUUACUGUCCUAAUUAUUCUACCGGCCUUUCUGCUGCACACCAGCGGCCUUUACGUCGCCAGUAGCGUUGACUCCCUGCAGCACGUCCUGGGGGAGUAUGGACUGGCGAGGCCGAUCCGUGUGGACGCAGAGGGCCGCUUCCUGUCACACGCCAUCUCAGCUGGCCGCGUGGUAGGAGGGCAGUCCCGUAGGCGCCGGAGGAGGGAGGUAGGCGGAGGCAAUGAUGAGUGGGAAGGACCGAGAGGAGCCGAGGACGACCAGGAGCCGCCGGCCCGUCGGGACCGGCUUUACUACAACGUCACGGUCUUCGGCCGGGAGUUCCAUCUGCGUCUGCGUCGCAAUGCCAGGCUGGUGGCCCCCGGAGCCAAGAUGGAGUGGCGUGAUGACAAUGACAGCACCAGGCAAUAUGAACCGUUGCACGAUGACUGCUUGUACGUGGGUGACAUCACAGACGCACCGGGAGCCUCGGUGGCUAUCAGCAACUGUGACGGCCUGGCCGGCAUGAUCAGGACGGAGCAAGAGGAGUUUUUCAUCGAGCCGGUGGAGAGGGGCGACGGAGUGAUAGAGGAGGAGACGGGGGGAGGAGGAGGAGGAGGAGGAGGAGGAGGAAGGACGCACAUUGUGUAUCGCUCUUCAGCGGUGAAGAAGGCGGCCGUGGACCGAGCGGCGGCAGACUCCCACUCCAGAGGUGCUGAUCUCGGCGGCCUGAUGGACCUGGAGUCGUUGUACCGAGGCGUGGAACAAAGCAUCAACCACACACGAGCGGGGAGGACGCGCAGACAGAGCCCGGACAGGUUCUACAACAUCGAGGUUCUGCUGGGCGUAGACGACUCGGUGGUCCAGUUUCACGGGAAGGAGAAUGUCCAAAAGUACCUGCUGACGCUCAUGAACAUUGUGAAUGAGAUCUACCAUGACCAGUCUUUGGGAGCGAGGAUCAAUGUGGUGCUGGUGAGGAUUAUCAUGCUGGGUUAUGGAAAGUCCAUGAGUCUGAUUGAGCUGGGGAACCCGUCUCAGAGCCUGGAGAACGUGUGCCGCUGGGCCUUCCUGCAGCAGAAGCAGGACACGGGUGACGCCGAGUAUCACGACCACGCCAUUUUCCUCACGCGACAGGAGUUCGGCCCCACGGGCAUGCAGGGUUACGCCCCGGUGACAGGCAUGUGCCACCCGGUGAGGAGCUGCACGCUGAACCACGAGGACGGCUUCUCCUCGGCCUUCGUGGUGGCACACGAGACCGGACACGUGCUGGGCAUGGAGCACGACGGGCAGGGGAACCGCUGCGGGGACGAGGUGCAUAUGGGGAGCAUCAUGGCUCCGCUGGUUCAAGCCGCCUUCCACCGCUUUCACUGGUCCAGAUGUAGCAUGCAAGAGCUGGGACGCUACCUUCACUCCUACGACUGCCUGCGCGACGACCCCUUUGAACACAACUGGCCGUCGUUGCCUGAGCUUCCUGGUUUGCACUACUCCAUGAACGAGCAGUGUCGCUUCGACUUCGGCGUGGGCUACACCAUGUGCACCGCGCUACAAAAGGCGGGCCAGGCAGGAACGCAGUAUCGCCCCUUUGACUCAUGUAAGCAGCUGUGGUGCAGCCACCCAGACAAUCCCUUCUUCUGCAAAACCAAGAAAGGGCCUCCCAUCGACGGCACAAUGUGUGGAGAUGGGAAGCAUUGCUUUAAGGGCCACUGCAUUUGGUUAACCCCUGACAUCAUAAAGCAAGAUGGAAGCUGGGGUUCAUGGAGCGAGUUCGGACAGUGCUCCAGCACCUGCGGUGGAGGAGUCCAGUUCCGCACGCGUAAAUGUGAUAAUCCAAGUCCAGCCAAAGGCGGCCGCCCUUGUACAGGGAAACCUCACCAGUUCCAGAUGUGCAACACCAAUGAAUGUGAGGACAUCUACAGUGACACACGGGAGGAGCAGUGUCGCUCCUGGGACUCUCGCUUUGAGUUCCAGAGCAACCGUCACCACUGGAUGCCUCAUGAACACCCAGAGUCUAACAGACGCUGCCACCUGUUCUGUCAGUCCAAGGAGACGCAGGAUGUGGUCUUCAUGCAGAGAAUGGUCCUGGACGGAACCCGGUGCUCGUACAAGGACCCGCACAGUGUGUGCGUGCGCGGGGAGUGUGAGAAAGUGGGCUGCGACGGGGUUGUCGGCUCCCUGAAGCAGGAGGACAAGUGUGGAGUGUGUGGAGGCAACAACUCCACCUGCAAAACCUAUAAAGACACCAUCACGCGCACGGCCAAGAAACAAGGUUUUCUCAAAAUACUUGAAAUUCCCAGAGGGGCGAGACACUUGAUGAUCCAGGAGCAGAAGGCCACCUCGCACAUGUUCGCUGUGAAAAACGUGGCAUCGGGGCAGGUUUUCAUAAACGGGGGAAACGACGGCCCGACCUCGCAGUCGGUCAUAGAGAAGGGCAUUGAGUGGGAAUAUCAGAACGACCAUGACAAGGAAACCCUUCAGACCACAGGCCCUCUGCGACACGGAAUCCUUAUCAUGAUGAAAGUAAACGGAGACGAGGAUGUGAGUCUGUCCUAUAAGUACAUCAUGAACACGGACAGUGACUUUGCCAUUCUGAACAACAUGCUGGUAGAGGACAGCGCCUAUGAGUGGGCCCCGAAGAGAUGGUCCUAUUGCUCCAAGUCCUGUGGUGGAGGGAAGCAGUACCUGCGCUACGGCUGCAGAAGAAAGGUUGACAGUAAGAUGGUCUACAAGAGCUUCUGUAACAAGUCCAACAUGAAACCAAGGGGAGACAGCAGAGACUGCAACCAGAAGCCGUGUCCUCCACCUAUCUGGGUGACGGGGGAGUGGCAGAAUUGCAGCAAGCCGUGUGGGAAGACCGGCAUGCAGGUCCGCUCGGUCAGCUGCGUCCAGCCCUUGGAUGACAACACCACGCGCGCCAUCCACAACAAAUACUGCAACGACGACCGGCCCGUGUCCCGUAGACCCUGCAACCGAGACCCCUGCCCCACCCAGUGGCGAGUUGGACAGUGGUCCCAGUGCUCUGUGACGUGUGGGAAUGGGACUCAGCAGAGGCAGGCUCUGUGCGACACCAGGGACAACACCAUCGGCCUGUGUCUGGACAGUAAGCCAGACACCAUCAGAGUCUGUCGCAUGGAUCCGUGUCCCCGGGGCUCGUCUGACCUCAACAAGAACGGCAACAUCCUGAUCCAGUGGCUGUCUCGUCCAAACCCCAACUUCCCAAAGAUCUCCUCACGCCAACGUUGUCAUGGAGACCGCUCCGUGUUCUGUCGUAUGCAGGUGCUGAUUCGCUACUGCUCUCUACCGGACUACCGCCGCAUAUGUUGCAAGACCUGCAGCAAUGUCAGCAUCACAGAACUUGUUUCCAACUCCACCGCCAAGCCCACCCAAAUCACCCUUAUCCAGCCCAGUGCUUCAACUUUUUCACCAACCAGCCUUCUCACAUCUGGUUCCACCACUAUUCUUCACACCAAAGCUUCCGUCACCACCAUUUCAGCAUCCCUAAGUCCCUGGACCAUCCCUCAUUCUUCAGCUUUCAGCCCUCUGGUUCCUCAUUCUACCAUGGCCUCACUCAGAUCCACUAAAGUAUUCACCACUUAUCCACCAGCUGCUACAAGUGCUUCUGUCCACUCUAUUGCAUUGUCCACUGCCACUACAUCAGUUAAUAUAACCUCUCCUAGUGUCAUUGCUCAUCCCCUGCCUCUCCCUGUCCCAAACAUAGACAAAAGCCUAGAGACACACUUACAAAGCACCACACAUAGUCCAAAAACAUACGGUACGAUUACUGACAAAGACCUUCAAGGUGUAACCAGUCCAAUGAAGACGUUUCCAAAAGAAAGCAGCACAAUUUAUUUAUUGGAAAAUUUUCUAACGCCUAAAAUGAAUGUUACAGUAAGACCUACUGCCCAAAGCACUACUCCAGGAAAUAUAACUCCCCAAAACACAAGCAAACACAAAAACAAAGUAUCUCCCAAGAAGACUAGUCCGGACAAAGUAACUCCCAAUAAGACUAGUCCAGACAAAAUAACUCCAAAAAAGAUUAGUCCAGACAAAAUAACUCCAAAAAAGAUUAGUCCAAACAAAGUACCCCAAAAAAAGAUUAAUCCAGAUAAAGUAACUCCCAAAAAGACUGUUAAGGACAAAGUAACUCCAAAAAAGACUAAUCUUGAUAAAGCAACUCCCAAAAAGACUAUUAAGGACAAAGUAACUCCCAAAAAGUCUAUUAAGGACAAAGUAACUCAAAAAAAUAGCAAUCCAGACAUAGUAACUUCAAAGAAGACAAGUACAGACAAAGUAACUCCAAAGAAGACUAUUCCAGACAAAGUUACUCCAAAGAAGACUAGUACAGAAAAAGUAACCCCAAAAAAGACUAGUCCAGACAAAGUAACUCCGAAGAAGACUAGUCCGGACAAAGUAACUCAGAAGAAGACUAGUCCGGACAAAGUACCUCCCAAGAAGACUAGUCCAGACAAAGUAACUCCAAAAAAGACGAGUCCAGACAAAAUAGCUCCAAAAAAGACUAGUUUAACUCCCAAAAACAAUACUGCAGUGACUACUACUGAGAAAAAAACAAAAGCUGCACCUAAAAAGGAGAUUUCAAAGUCCAGCACCAAGAUUACCAUGCACCCAAAAACAGCAAAGACCAAACAAAGUCCAAGCCUCCCCAAAAAACUCAAACCAGAGCUUAAAACAAAUUCCCGGAACAAAGUCAGUCCGAACAAGAUCCCAGAGAAGAAAAAGCCAAACAAGAAAACACAAACCUCAUUUUAUUACACCACAGCCCCCUCCCUCUAUAAAAUACCAGAACCACCAAGACUCAACAUUAACUUUACAUCUACUAUAUCCUCCAGCACCAAAGUGUUUAGUAUAACAACAACCUCUCCAUUUCCUGAGUCAAAAAUCACUGACACAGCAGGUGUGGAUGAAACUCCACUGUUGUACCAUGAAAGCUCAGACAGUGGGGUGACCACACCCAGCCCUUCGGAUGCUAUUACAGCCACUAAAGCCAUUGGUUUUGAUGCUGUUGCAAUGACGAGUGGAACUCCGCCGUUUAGUGAUGUCACAGUAACCAGCGGGGUCGUUAUCAGUGGGGAUGACACUACUGAGUCUUACAGUGAUGUGGAAGUUUUCAGUGACACAGUGGUGUUUGACCACAGCCUCACUAUGGUGAUUCCCACCAUCACCAGUGAGGACAUGGGAGGUCUGGCCUCCUCCCCCUGGCUGGACCUUUCAGAGUACAUCCCUGCUGAUAUUCCCUCAACAACCCCAGACCCUGCAGAAAGCUCACCUCCCACCACCAUUGCUUCAACAACAGAAAAGGCAGAUGUCACAAUAACCGCAAGCUCCACUGUGAGGCCUGAAGGUGGAGCCCAGGAGAAUGGUGAGAACUCCAUCGACGUGUUAUACAACAGGUUUGUCAAUGCGGACAACGAUGUCUCUCAGAACAACCUGAUCCCGAAACGUCGGGUUAACCUCAGAGAAAGAACCAAGAACAAACGGAUUCAAGAGCUUCUUGAGGAGAAGCGCAACUUUCUCCUCCGGAUGAAGAGAGAGCACAAAGCUCAGUAGACCAAGCUUCCUGUUCUCUUAUAGGGAUGAACCAUUUGUAAUUCUUGGUUAAACCCCUUUUAAUUGCUGUGCUCAGACCUAUCGGUCCUUACCACAAAAAAUUGGUAUUAUGACAAUCAGGACUGUUACACAGAGACUACAUACAGUAUGCUGGCCAAAUGUUUGAACAGUUGCUUUAUUAAAUAUGAUCUCUUAGAGUACACACUGUUUAAGAUUUUAAGCAAAUUGCUUGACCUGUGUAAACACAAAUUUACUGUGACCAACACCAAGCUUAUCCCGCCAAACCACUCACAGUCAUGACUGAGAUAAGAUAAGUUAGCAUAGGUAAGGCAAAAUGUAGUUUGUAUAGUGUUAUUAUCUAUAUUGGCUUUUAGAAAAGAUACCAGCUAAAAAACAGACCUAAUAUUGUAUUACAGCCCAGGACUGCAUUUCAUUUCCUUCGAACAGAUAUGAAUAACUUUCAGCACCCUGGUAAUAACUGAUGAUAUGAUGAGGAUGAUGAUAUAUGUCCUUGCCCCGUAGCCACUGCUCUAACCGCUCUGCAGGUUGGAGAAUUUUAAGGUAUAUAAAGCGGUAUGCUGAUUCCAGACAAUCUGAAAGUCAAAGUCUCCCUUUCCUUUAAUUGAAUUGUUGAAGUUGGUACAGCUUAGAAGGUGUUGCCUUCUCUAAAGGAACUCUCUGCAUAUGCUCCUGUUCCUCCGGGAGGUAACAUGCAGCGUGGAAGGAACAUUGCCGGACUCUUGGUGCUUCAUAGAUAUUGAUGAUAUAUUUUAAGCUAUGUUUAAAGUAAAGGUAUUGAAGAGAAAGUUUUGUUUACCUUUUUAACAGUGUCGCUAUGGUGCUCUUCUUGUCAGUGCUGCUAAAAGCAACGUCCCUCAUUCGUUUAUGUUCAUGAAUAUCAGCUUUUUUAUAUCAUCUCUAUCAGCAGAGAAGCUUUGAGGGUCUGUAUAAUUUCUUCUAAAUGUUUUAUAUUGAUAUGUCUUAAUUUGCAAUACCAGCAAAAACACCUUUGGGUUUUUCUGUAUGAUACAUGUACAUAUGAAAAAGAACUUAAUGUUUAAUAUUUAUUAAAGUUUACACUCCUGUGGUA